AUGGUAGCUGCACCCACAACUGAAUCAAUCAACCUCAGGCCACACAAACCGAAUGACGCCCCGGAGACUUCUGCCCGGGGCUGUGAGACCAGCACGCUCGGGACCUCAUGGAAGGAGAUCACGGUGGCGUUCAUGAGGAAGACAAAGAUCCAUGGCCUGAAAUUUGUCUUCUCCGCAGAGAAGAGCAAGCCCCAGCGGGUGGUCUGGGUGCUGGCCUUCUUCGUCUGCGUUGGGCUGCUGGUCACCUGGUCCUCGAACCGCAUCCUCUACCUGAUGUCUUACCCGGCGAUCACCAAGAUCUACAUGGUCUGGGCGCAUAACAUGUCGUUCCCCGCCGUCACGCUCUGCAACAAAAACGUCUUCCGCGUGUCGACUCUGACCAAGGACGAUCUGUAUCACAGCGGCUACUGGAUGGACCUGAUGUACCCCAACCACACCGUCAUGGACAGGAGCCUAGCCAUCCUGAAGGAUAGCCAUAAACAGGGUCUCCUAAAUCUACUGGACUUCAGCAACUAUAGCCCGCCCCCUAAUUACCAGGUCAACACCACUGAGAUGAUUGGCAGGCUGGGGCACCAACUGGAGGACAUGCUGCUGGAGUGCCGGUUUCGUGGAGAAAACUGCACCUACAAAAACUUCAGCACAAUUUACACUCGCUAUGGAAAGUGCUACACCUUCAACUCGGGAUUAGAUGGCAACCCACUGUUAACAACGCUGAAAGGCGGCACGGGGAAUGGCUUGGAGAUCAUGCUGGAUAUUCAGCAGGAUGAAUACCUGCCUGUUUGGGGAGAGACAGAUGAGACCUCCUAUGAAGCAGGCAUCAAGGUUCAGAUCCACAGCCAGGAUGAGCCGCCCUUCAUUGACCAGCUGGGAUUUGGUGUGGCCCCUGGUUUUCAAACUUUUGUGUCAUGUCAACAGCAACUGCUUCAGUACCUUCCUCCACCUUGGGGAGAUUGCAAGUCUACGCCCAUAGACUCUGAAUUCUUCUCAACGUACAGCAUCACAGCCUGCCGCAUUGACUGUGAAACACGCUACCUGGUGGAGAACUGCAACUGCAGGAUGGUUCACAUGCCCGGCACCUCGACAGUUUGCACUCCUGAGCAGUACAAAGACUGUGCCGAUCCAGCUCUAGACUUUUUGGUAGAGAAAGACAACGAUUACUGUGUGUGUGAGACCCCCUGCAACAUGACUCGCUAUGGCAAGGAGCUGUCCAUGGUUAAGAUCCCCAGUAAGGCCUCUGCUAAAUAUCUGGCUAAGAAAUUCAACAAAACGGAGCAAUAUAUUGGAGAAAACAUACUGGUGUUAGACAUCUUCUUUGAAGCUCUGAAUUAUGAGAAGAUCGAGCAGAAGAAGGCGUAUGAGAUUGCAGGGCUUCUCGGUGAUAUUGGAGGUCAAAUGGGACUGUUUAUUGGAGCCAGCGUUUUAACAAUAUUGGAAAUAUUUGACUACCUAUAUGAGGUUUUUAAGGAUAAGGUUUUGGGUUACUUCAUACGCAAGAAACGGCCCCGGCGUUGUCAGAGCGACAAUCUGGAGUUUCCAGAGAACCCAACCAGCCCUGGUGUCACGUCUAAUCAUGCCCCCAGAGCACCUGUGACACCCUCCGGAGUCACUCGGACAGUCUCGGAUUCACGCCGAACAUGUUACCUCGUCACCCGACUCUAG